GGAUAUACUCAAUUUAAUAUUGCUUAUUCUGUUUUUCUUUUCGUAGAUAUUGAAGAGCAGUUUGUAAACCACUUGAAAAUUCUGGUGCCGCGACUGCUCAGUGCCGAGAAUUUGGUCAAGAAAGAGAUUGGUGGACAACCCGUGAAGGCGCGUGACCUCCUCAAGUUCUUCACGCUCUUCAUGGAGGUGUUCAAGGACAAUGACCUCCCAGAGCCAACAACCCUCGUCGAGUUUGCUGCCCAGGCCAGUAGUCAGGCAGCCCUUGAGGCUGGCAAAGAGUACUACUCGGAAGCCAUGGAGGAUCUAGUUGGGGGUGACCGACCUUACCUAAAGACUGUCCAGAUGGAAACAGAGCACAACAAGUUAAAGGAAAAGGCUUUCAGGACAUACCUGGAGAAAAAUAAAUAUGGCAGAAAGAAUCAGAGUGUUGUUGAGCGAUACCAAGGCAUGCUAGAGGAAGUAAGGCAUAUACUUAAAAUGUUUGACCUGUAA